UCGUCUCACAACCUAAUUCAUACGUCUUACGGCUUGACGGAACAAAACUUCAACAAAAAUUAAAGUUCUUUUGACGAAACUCAAAACUCGACCGAAAGAUGGACGACCACGAGAACGUGUCCGGCAAGGAUAAGGAAAUGGAGGAGUUCAUGCAGCUGGAGAGGCAAAAGGCCGAGGUGACUGCCCUUCUGCACGAGUUCAACGAGAUCUGCUGGGAGAAGUGCAUCGGGAAGCCCAGCAGCAAGCUGGACCAGGCCACACAGGUGUGCCUGAGCAACUGCGUGGACCGCUUCAUCGACACAUCGGUGCUGAUCGCCAAGCGCUUCGUCGAGGUCAUCAACGGGCGACAGUAAGAGGCGUUCCAGACGCCAGACUGGUCUGUGGAGAGGAGAGUCUAUCGGCAGCAAAGAUGUUCCUAGGACCACGCAAAAAGAAGGAAGGAAGAGCAGUACUGCAAUUUUCGUUUUAAACUAAAUCAAAAUAUACCCAUCUAGAGAGUUA